AUGGGAGAAGGCACACUGCAUACGGAAGAAGAACCAUACCAGGAAAACUAUCCGAAUGUUAUGGAAGGAGUAUUGGAGGAUGUGAUGGAAGCACCCAAUGAAGAUCAAUAUGGAGAUGGCGUGUUUCAAGCAUUCGAAGCCGCUAAUGAACCAUUAUACGAAGGAUGUGUAGAAGGUAUUUCUCAGUUAUACUUGGCGUCACGUUUAAUGAAAGUAAAAACCGAUCAUAAUUUACCGGAGUCGUGUUUGGAUGAGAUAUCACAAACGUUUAGAGAUGUUCUGCCACAACCAAACAAAGCUCCUGAAUCAUAUUAUGAGAUGAAGAAGUUGACAAAGGCGCUUGGUCUUCCUGUUCUGAAGAUUGAUGUUUGUGAAGAUAACUACAUGUUAUUUUGGAAGGAAGAUAAAGAUUUGGUGGUGUGUCGAUUUUGCGGGAAAGAUAGAUAUCACCAGAACCAUGGAAAGGGGAAAAAGCGGCCCAAACAAAGAAUGUUUUACAUGCCUAUUACGGAGAGGUUGAAGCGAUUGUACCAACUUGAAGAAACUGCAGCACAAAUGCGAUGGAACGCAGAACAUGAGUCGCCCGAAGGAGAAAUGCAUCACCCUUCUGAUGGAGCAGCUUGGAAGCAUUUUAACAAGGUAUAUCCUGAUUUCACUGAAGAAAGUCGGAAUAUAUAUCUAGGCUUAGCAACAGAUGGAUUUAACCCAGUUGGUAUGAGUGGUGAAGCACAUUCGGUCUGGCCAGUAAUUGUUACUCCGUAUAACUUACCUCCUGGGAUGUGUAUGAAAAGAGAAUAUUUCUUUUUAUCCGUCCUAGUUCCCGGGCCAAGACAUCCAAAGAAGAGCAUUGAUAUAUAUCUGCAGCCGCUAAUUGAAGAAUUGCAAAGUUUAUGGAGUCACGGGGCAGAAACAUACGAUAUCUCGAGAAAGGAAACAUUCACGAUGCGAGCCACAUUAAUGUGGACAAUUAAUGACUUUCCUGCUUAUGGCAUGAUGUCAGGUUGGAUGACUCAUGGUCGUUUAGCUUGUCCAUAUUGUCUCGAUGAUACAAAGUCAUUUUGGUUGAAACACGGAAGGAAGCAUAGCUGGUUUGAUUGUCAUCGAAUGUUUCUACCUAAAGAGCAUCCUUACAGGAGAAAUGUUCAAGCGUUUCGAAGGGGGAAGACAAUAAGUGAUGAUCCUCCACCAUGGUUGACGGGAGAAGAAAUUCGCUAUGAAAGAAUCAACAACAUCGUUGGGCUGAAGAAAACGGUUGAAUAUGGAGGUAACGGACACGAGAAACCUGGAAGUAACAUAGAAGGCUACGGAAAAGAUCAUAAUUGGGUGAAGAAGAGUAUCUUUUGGGAAUUACCGUAUUGGGAAAACCUUCUUCUUCGCCACAACGUUGACUUCAUGCACGUUGAGAAAAAUUUCUUUGAUAAUCUUAUCAACACGGUGCUUAAUGUUCCUGGGAAGACUAAAGAUAAUGCAAAGUCGAGGAUGGAUCUACCUGAUUUGUGCAGAAGAAGUGCCUGCUACCGUUUUGCAACCUGGAGAUAUUCAUUUUAUUUCAUUCCUUAUCCGCGGGUUCGAGGCACAUCAGCAAACGAUUGGUGGGCAUGUACGAAAGUUGUGCCUAGAGGGGUUCGAGAAACUUCUGAAGAUGCUCUUACUGCGCUACAAGAUGAUACACACGACCAAGUUGUUGCACCAAGUGAAAUGUUACGAUUUGAAACUUAUGUUGUGGAAGAUGAUUCAGAUUAUGAUUCUACGCCGGUUGUUCCGCCCAAUGACGAAUAUGUUUCUGAAGAUGAGUUAGAACCGGCAUGUACCGAUUCUGAUUCAGGGUCUGAUUCAAGUUCUUAG